AUGGCAGCAGAAAAUAAUAGCAAAGAAACUGUCGAAGUUCUUAUUUCAUGUGGUGCAAAUAUCAAUGAAAAGGAUGAACAUGGAUUUACAACCCUUCAUUAUGCUACAUAUAAAGAUGGUAAAGAAACGGUCGAAUUCCUUCUUUCGCAAGGUGCAAAGAUAAAUGAAGCAGCUAAAAAUGGAUUGACGGCUCUUUCUUUUGCAUUAAUUAGGAAUUCUGUUGAAACAUUUGAGCUUCUUCUUUCGCACGGUGCUACUAUCAAUCAAAAAGAUGAAAAUGGAAGAACGCCUCUUCAUAUUGCCGCAGAAAAUAAUAGUAGAGAAAUAGCCGAAUUUCUUAUUUCAAAUGGUGCAAAUAUCAAUGAAAAAGAUGAAAAGGGAAGAACUCCUCUUCAUUAUUCUGUAUUCAAGGGUAAACGAGAAACAACCGAACUUCUUAUUUCAAAGGGUGCAAAUAUCAAUGAAAAAGAUAAAAACGGAAUAACAGCUCUUGAUAUCGCAUUAAAUUAUUACCUGGGAAAUAUGGUAGAUUUUCUUUUUUCACAUGGUGCUAAAUUCUAUUGA